AUGGCAGCCCGCACAUCACCCUUCGACUUGUCAAAAUGUGCACGACCGAAUAUCCUGCAAUUGCAGCCCUACCGCUGUGCCAGAGAGUUCAGUGACUACAAAGAUGACGGGACGAACGUGCUCCUUGACGCCAACGAGAAUGCCUACGGCCCCGGUCUGGUCCUGAACAGUGAGGGCGCAUUGCAGGCAGAUGGCGCGGGAGGUUCAACAGGCGCAUCGAAGCCUGAGAUUGAUUUCCUGGGGUUGAACCGGUACCCGGAUCCUCACCAGAUCGAAUUGAAGCAGCUCUUCUGUAACCUUCGCAAUACUCACCACCACACCCCCAAGACCCUGCGACCGGAGAACCUCUUCGUCGGCGUCGGCUCCGACGAGGCCAUCGACGCGCUGCUCCGGUGUUUCUGCGUGCCGGGCAAGGACAAGAUCCUGACCUGUCCGCCAACAUACGGCAUGUACAGCGUCAGCGCGCAGGUCAAUGACGUCGCGAUCGUCAAGGUCCCCCUCGACGCAGCCAAUGGGUUCCAUCUUCAGCCGGACAAGGUCAACGAAGCACUCUCGGCAGACCCGUCCAUCAAGCUGGCCUAUAUCUGCUCCCCCGGGAAUCCGACGGCGAACCUGAUCCGCAAGGAAGACAUCCAGGCGGUGCUCGAGCACCCGACGUGGAACGGGGUGGUGGUCGUCGACGAGGCAUACAUCGAUUUCGCCGAGGAGGGCGCCAGCCUCGCCGAAUGGGUAACCGAGUGGCCGAACCUGGUCGUGAUGCAAACGCUCAGCAAAGCGUUUGGGCUAGCAGGGAUCCGACUAGGCGUGGCGUACAGUUCACCCGCGAUCGCCCAGCUGCUCAACAGCCUCAAAGCACCAUACAACAUCUCCAGCCCGACCAGCGCGCUUGCAACGGCCGCGUUGUCCGCGCCCAACAUGGCCGUGAUGCGCCGCUACCGCACGCAGAUCGUCGCCCAGCGCGAGCGGCUCCUGCGCGAGCUCCCGCUAAUCCCGGGCGUGGGCCGGUUCCUGGGCGGGCACGCGGCCAACUUCCUGCUGGUGCAGAUCCUUGAUAAGGAUGGGUCACCCAGCAAUGUCACCGCGGCGGCGACUUACGAGGCUAUGGCGGAGAAGCGCGGCGUGGUCGUGCGCUUUCGAGGUAAGGAGCUGGGCUGUGAGGGUAGUCUUCGGAUCACGGUUGGGACGGAGGAAGAGGUGACUACGUUCUUGCGUGAGUUGCGAAGCGUGCUGGCGGGACUGCAUGCUAGCUAG